UUCCGGGUGCGACGGGUUGAGAUGUAGGCUAGCAAGCUAACCGAGAGUAGCGUCAAAACACAGAUAACGUUACCACCACAGUACCGACAAACGUAAAGGAAGACGCGUUAGAAGCGAACAUGAAGGGGAUAAACGAUUCGUUUUUCAAUGAGCUUUUUUGAAAACGAAGUCGCCGUAAUAUACACAGAUUGUUAUAGCUAAAAAUAAAAUGUCAACAACGCGGCCCCUUCUCGGGAUGAAGCGAAUCACCGAGGUUACCUGCACUGAGCCGCCGGGUGGGAGGCAGUCUCCGACCGCCAGCAAAACUCAUUCCGAGCAACUCACAGUGGACGAGUUCACGGUGCAUGAGGACAAACAAGGAGAACUCAAAUGCGCGAAACCGCGAGUCGAGCAGGUUUUCCAAGUGGCGUUUACGAUUAUUGGGUUGUUGGAUCAUACCGGAGCCCACGGAAGUAAGGCUUCGAGACAGAUAUGGCUCCAGCUAAAGGGAAAAAAGGAAGAUGUGUCAACAGCAAAGGAGUAUGUGAAAGGCCUAUGUGACCCAGAGCUGCAAAAGGAAGAGCGUUACCCCGUGGACAUGCACUGCAUUUUUGCUGGCGCUCGAGGACUCUUUCUGGACCGGCUGCUAAGAGACACCAGUGCAGAGGUCCAAGUGCUAGAACCAGGGCGCUUGAGGUUGAUUGGUUGCGCAGAGGCUGUUGUCAUGGCUCAGUCUCGCAUUCAGCAGUUUGUUGCCCUCUUCCACGAGAAGCGGAGUUUGCCUGCUGACAGAGAACCUUUGGUUAAGCGCACUUUUAAGACCUUUGUUGAGGACAGGGCUGAUAACUAUGCCAUGGAGCUGCUCUUGCUACCCAGUGCCCUCAAAGAGGAACUCUUGGGUUUGGCCCAAAGCCCUACCCAGUCUAUCGUUAUCAUAGAUUUGGAACAGGACCGUUCUCAGACUAGCACACCCGUAACAGACCUUUCCAACCGAAUCCUGGACACCACUUUUGAGGACAAUGCCUCAGGUCCCCCAAGCACUUCUGACAUCACGCCUGGUCUGAACGGACGCCCCUGUAACAAGCGGCGCUCCUCUGAAAGCGAGCAGAGGGACACUAAGCGGCAGUUCUCUCUGGAGAGAAGAGAGGAGGAACAAUUGGAGGAACGUCAGCGAGAGGCCAGCCAGACUAGGGCUGUCACACCCGCAAAGGGAAUUAAGGGUGCAAUGGGUUUGAGCCCUAUUGAAGGGAUUAAUGAAGGUGAGGCGGUGAGCCCGGAGACUAAUUUGCGCUGCCUGGUCAACUUUUUCAGAACCAUGGGCUACCAGCAGGAGGUGGUCGAGCGUGUGGUGCGGGAGACGGGCCAAACAGAAGACACGUUUUUGCUACUGGAAAGGAUUGUGGAGGAGACCCAGAAAACCCAAAGCAACCAGGCAGCCCAGCGUACCUCUCGCACGCCCGACCCUUCCCCAUCCACGAAUGCCUCCUCCAACUGCACCAGGCUCAAAGAGAAAGAGCGAGUGCAGAUGCGUGCUCUCACAGAGAUCAAAUGCAAAGAAAACAUUAGGCCGCCGAGCAGUAAUGGCAUAGGUCAGAGGAACCAAACAAGCACCAUACCUUUGACCUCUGUGACUCUUAAAAGAAACAAUGCCGUAUCGAAUGAUGUGUGUGAUGUGAUCGUCAUCGAUGAUGAUGACAAUGACAACGACUUAGUGGAGGUAGAGAGAAAGCCCCGAAUCAUCCCACUAGAUUUAAAGUCAGAGACGAGGUUCGAUUAUCUGCCACGUGGUAGCUCUCAAACAAUGGUCCCCGUGCGGACGGAGAGCGUGACCACUCUCCGCAGCUCCUCUCAAGGUCCUCCCCUCCGGCACAGUGACAUGCGGCCCAGCUGCUCCUACCAGACUCUUCCUGGAAGGGCACCCCUACCUCGCGCCGAAGUGUUUACCACCCCUAAAUCGGCACCUCUCACAGGCAUGUCCCGUUUCCAGCAGUCCUUAAAAACCCCCUACAGACUAGUCCUACAGAACGAACCGGGCUACCCAGAUCUGCGGCACAUCAUCAUUGAUGGCAGCAAUGUGGCAAUGGCACAUGGACUAAAUCGGAUCUUUUCUUGUCGUGGGAUUGCCAUCGCUGUGGAGGCCUUUUGGCGCAGAGGUCACAGAGAAAUCACAGUCUUUGUACCACAGUGGAGACAGAAGAGAGACCCCAACAUCACUGAACAACACUUUCUGACCCAGCUGGAGAACUUGCGACUUCUUUCUUUCACCCCUUCUAGAGAAGUGUGUGGGCAGAGGAUUUCCUCUCAUGAUGACAGGUUCCUGCUUCAUCUGGCUGAGAAGACAGGAGGGGUCAUCGUCACCAAUGACAACCUGAGAGAUUUUGUAAACCAGUCAGAAGCUUGGAGAAGGAUCAUCCAACAGAGACUCUUGCAGUUUACAUUUGUAGAAGAUCACUUUAUGAUCCCAGACGACCCACUUGGAAAGCAUGGACCUCAUUUGGACGUGUUCUUGCUUAAAGAAAACCGAGGAAGCCCCAUAACACCCCCUCUGAGGACAGACCCUCGAGCAACUCCGUCGGUUUUCACCCAGGCAGCGCAAGCCACACCACCUCCCUCCUCCCCCUCCCACUGGCCACAUUCCGGCCCCCCUGACUGGCAUCUCCCUCGACCGUCCCCCUCUCCACCUCCACAGCGGUCACCCUCAGAAACCACAAAGCUAAAGAAGGAUUUAUAUGACAUAUUUCCUGACCAAAAGCAGCGAAUUGACCAUAUCCUCAAUGACAACCCGUACAUGAGGGACCUAAAUGCACUUUCAGGACUCUUGCUAGGAUAAUGCACACGUCACACACGAAGUACAGUUUUGCACAGGUUUGACUGGGGUAGAACAGCAACAUAAGAACAUGGAGAUCACAGGGCUUUUUUGAUUAUUAAAGACUAUUUGGAUACAAGGCACCGCUGCAAGCAUUCAUAUGUUCAAGGGAGCGUUAAAUCAAGUCAUUAUGGUAAGAUCUCUGGGGCCGUCAAGCACAAAAAAACUUAAGUUAAAGUUUAAGUGGGAGCUUUACAUACAUGAGAAUGUACAGGCGGAAUGGCAUAUAUUUGAUGUAAAUAGAAGAGUAAUCUUUUCAUUAAGUUAUCUUUUCAGAAAUCUUUAUUUUAAAAGUGUUCCAGCUACACGAUUGUUAUGAACUGGCUUUGCUGAAAUAACUGCCGAAGGACAACUUUUAUUUGCUGUUUUAUAUAUAAUUGUGCAUUCUGCAGCUUAUGUUUUUGUAAAUAUUGAAUUAUUGAGCUGAAUGAGUUCUAAUAUUCAGUCCCUUGAAGUGCCAUGUUAUCUGCUUACAGGAUAGAAUUACAUAACUCUGUCCAAAGUGAAGUCGCUUCCUGGUCACUAAUUUUAGUUCUUGUUUACUUUGGUGAUGGUGAGAAAGCUGUAUCCUAUUUCUAGGAAUCCCUGGAGACACCCUCUGUGUCACGUAAGAAACGAUGAAACCAUUCUGAUUGACUGGCUUCAAAAGUUUCCAGAUUACUAAGUAACCUGGCACUCCCCGUCAUCCUCCCAGUUGUGCAACCCACUCACCAAAAAUAGCAAAGGGGAAACUGAGCUGUCAAUGACGUAAACCUUUGUCCCAGUUAUAACCAUCAGGGGGUGCUGUGGGCUUAGCUGAAGACAUGAACAAAAUGCAAUGCACAGUUGAAAAAAAUGCUGUUCCUCAGUCAUUUUUAAACUAUGAAAGCAUUUUAUUAUAUUACACUACGGUGAAAAUAUAGUACAAUAUUUUUAAGUGUCAUUGUCUUUUCACUGUCUUUGAAUUAUGUGUAGCGUUGGGUUUUGCGAAUUGAUAUUCAGUUUUUGGGGCUGGAAUUUAAAUGUUGAGCGCAUGGCACCAUCACAGGUUCGGCAGGCACUGUGGGUAUCUCACAGUAUGGCUGCUCUAACAGUUUUUUUUUCUGGGUGGCAGUGUUAAAUAAAGGCCAUUUAUGUGUUUUUCUUGA